AUCCUUUUCAAAAAAAAAAUAUAAAUUACAAAUCAAAGCUUCUCUGUGUUCUUCAAUGGCGAAAUAAAAAAACCUUAAUAAAACUAACCUAAUCAAUGGAAGGCCAAUUUCAACAGCAUCAGCAGCAACAACCGUCAUGUCGUGCUUAUGGACCUCACCAAAUGAAAAUGACGAUUCAGCCCUCCUCACAGCCAGACAAUGAUAGAACCACCACGGAAUUGCGAGCACUCGAUUGUAAUCUCACUUCUCUUUGCGAUCAUAUCCAUAUCGAGGGUUUUAACUCCGGUUUAUUCUCCGAUAUCGUCGUCCAUGCUAUGGGCGCCACGUAUCACCUCCAUCGGCUGAUUCUAUCUCGCAGCUCUUACUUCAGGAAUAUGUUGCAUGGUCCUUGGAAGGAAGCUAGCUCACCAAUUGUGAAUUUACAUGUGGAUGAUAAAAAUGUUAAUGGUGAAGCUAUUGCUGUGGCUUUAGCUUAUCUCUAUGGUCAUCACCCUAAACUUAAUGAUAUUAAUGCGUUCCGUGUCUUGGCUGCUGCUUCUUUUCUUGACCUUCAGGAUUUAUGCACUAUAUGUACAGAUUUUAUAAUCUCUGAAUUGUGGACUUCCAAUUUCUUGGCUUAUCAGGUAUUUGCAGAGAGUCAAGAUUAUGGGAUACAUGGAGAGCGUGUAAGAAAUGCUUGCUGGUGUUACCUUUGUCAAAGUGGUGCCAUGGAAUUGAAAGAGGUGCUUCCAAGGCUUUCUUCUCACACUUUACAUGCAUUAUUGACCUCAGAUGAACUGUGGGUACUUAGUGAAGAGAAACGGUUUGAAUUGGCACUGUACGCGCUGCUUGUCAAAUGUGCUCCAUGCAAUACAGAACAUUCUGAGCAGGGAACAUCCUGUUCUGAGAUGGGCGUGGGUCUUCAUUCUGACUCUUCAAAAGCGAAAGGAAAAAGUCUGGAUGAUAAUUUCUGUAGAAAGAGAUUGGAAUCAGAAGUGGGACGUUGUUCAAAAAAUGAAAUAGAAGUCCAAAGUGGGGCUCAUGGUCUUCUGGUUGAACUUAUUGAUUCUGUGAAUGACUUCAAAGUUGUAGUUUCUGAUUCCCAGCAGUCAAAUUUGGAUCCCAUGCCUCUCUCUGAUGCAGAACGAUCUUCCUCAUUGACUAACUCCUUUCCUGGAAUCAAUGGAAAUAGAACCUCGUGUUCAUAUAUUGAAAUGCCAAUUGGUGUUGGAACAAGUGGACUAGGGUCUAGUGGAGGGACAAUGGAAGGGCCAUCUGAAACAGGCUCAUACCAUUUGAAUAGCAACAAUUGGGCCAGUGGUGAUCAAUCCAGGCAUUGCACAACACAAUCAUCCUGUAAUGGGCUCAUGCUCAGUGAGUGGGGAAGAUGUGGCGUGCCUCCUCUUUCAUGGGGUGGAAGGGUUGUUGGAAAAAGACAAGUAAAAAGUUUUGCUAAAUGUAAUUGCGGGGUUCGUGAAGAGGAGUAUGAUACUUUUGUCAAUAUAUUUGAAGGGGGUUCACUUUUAUAUUGUAACAUGUCUUUUGAGGCACUUUUGAACGUGAGAAAACAGCUUGAAGAAUUGGGUUUUCCUUGCAAAGCUGUCAAUGAUGGUCUUUGGCUGCAGAUGCUUUUAAGCCAGAGAGUACAAGAAAUUGGUGCUGAUACAUGUAAAAUGUGCUGCUUCACAAGUGUAGCAUGCACUUGUAGACAACCAUUUGGGUUUUCACAGGGAGCAGCCUCAACCGGUUAUUACAUGCAUGAUCAUGAUCACAGCAAUACUUCUGGUAGCAUGGGAAAUGUAUAUGUUGCUGAUUCGACUCAAUGUGAUGGAAAUGGACCCUUUAGGCCCGUCAGAGUGCAUGUUAGGGGACCUAUUGAUGGGCUUGCUGGUAUUGGACGUGGAACUACAUAUGUGCCAACAGCUGCAUGGCCGCCAACGCGUUUUGUAUUUUCCCGUGUGCCUUUUGGUAUGGGGAACAGAAACUGUCAGCAGUCUGUUGGUAAUGAGGAUUCAGAGAGUAGAACUGAUCACAAUGGAGACCUAACCAGAGAUGGGUUAACAGCUUUGGUUGGGUUAAGCCAAGGAGGGACCAGUGCCAGCAAUGUUCAUGGAGAGCAUAUGGAGAGAGGAUAUGAGGCAGAACUGCAAGGAAGAUUGUCUGGGACAUCCAUUUCAGCACCAAGUACCAGUGGCAUUCCUGUGCAGAUGCUCGAGUCGCCAGAACAUGCUAUUGGAAUUGAGUGGGAGAACACAAAUAGCUCAUCGAUAUCUUUAGAUAUGAAAACACCUUUAAGUCAUUUUCCUCCAUUUCGUUUCGGGGUUGAAUUUGAGGAUGUGCACAGGCUUAGUGAUGGCCAAGUCAAGCACUCUGUAGAAUAUUUUUAUGCUGGUUCUUUGUGGAAGGUUAGUGUUCAGGCCUUUAAUGAUGAGGAUCCUUAAGGGCGCCGAACUCUUGGAUUAUUUCUUCAUAGAAGGAAGGCCGAGAUAACUGAUCCUGUUAGAAAGGCACACAUUUAUGUGGAUACUCGUGAGAAGGUUACUGCGCGUUAUCAGGUGAAACUGCCAGUGAACAAACUCUGUUAACGUAAUUGUCUA